AUGGACACAGUUCUGGCCCCAUUCCUCGAUACAUACCUCAGGAACAUCCAGAGCUCCUACCAGCAGAUGACCAGCAAGAUCCUCAGGCGGAUCAAGGAGGAGAUAAAUAAUGCAGUACAAAAGAAACUACAGGUCUAUAACGAGUUGUUGCAGCUGGCGGAUAAGUUGAAUGUACCAGCGAUGUGUGACGAAGAAAGGCGCCAAGCUCGAACUAUAGCAAGCAAGCAUGUAGCCCUAAUAUACUCGUGCACAGAAGAUGCCAGGGCCUCUAUUGCUAAGAUGGGCAAGUAUGCUGAGGAGAUGAUCACCAUCACCAAGAAACACAUGAACUCUGCCCUGGAUGAUGCGGCGAAAGUUCUGGAACUAAGCGUGAGACGGAGCAAGGAUACUCACGAUGACGUCACCGCGUGCCUCAAACGUCUGUCUCGCUCAGCAGUGACUCUAGGCUACGAGCUGGACCUAAGCCUGACCAACGCUCGCCGCCACAACGAACAGUCUCACGAGAAGCUGACGGCGUGCAGCACCAAGUCCAAAAGGGACACCGAAGACGCUGUGUCUGAUUUGAGGGACCAGCUUUACCAAUGUGUUUACGCCUAG